CCAAAUCCGAUUAUUCUCGUAGCUACUUCCUCCUCCGCCACCGCUGCAUCCAUCGCCUGACCUGUUUUUUUUUUUCUAUCUCCCUUCCCGAUCCUUGAUUCUUGCCUAGUCAUGGUGAUCCGCAAGCUCUUCGCACUCUCUCGCCGCCGAUUCGUCCCGUCCGGACGCCGAUCAGCCUCCACCGAUGCUGCUGAUGCUUUGUCAAUCAAGGGCGCCGCCCCUUCACUGGCCAAACCCCCCGUCAUGCCCUACGAUCGUCUCGUCCAGGCGGUCAGAUCCAAGAUCAAGAAGCUCGAUGACCCCGACCCCCGAUUCCUCCGCCACGCCUCUCCCCAACCUGCCCUUGCGGACCACACUGCCAUCCUCACCGCCCCCGAGACCCGCGUUACCACCCUUCCCAACGGCCUCCGCGUCGCCACCGAGUCCACCCUCGCCUCGCGUACUGCCACCGUCGGGGUGUGGAUCGACGCGGGGAGCCGAUUCGAGACGGACGAGACCAACGGGACCGCGCACUUCUUGGAGCAUAUGAUCUUCAAGGGCACCGAGUCGCGGACGGUUCGACAGCUCGAGGAGGAGAUCGAGAACAUGGGCGGACAUCUGAAUGCUUACACGUCGAGGGAGCAAACGACCUACUAUGCGAAGGUUUUAGAUAAGGAUGUGCCCAAGGCGCUAGAAAUUCUUGCGGACAUACUUCAGAAUUCGUCUUUUGAUGGGAAACGCAUUGAGAGGGAACGAGAUGUCAUUCUUAGAGAGAUGGAGGAGGUGGAGAACCAAACUCAAGAAGUUAUUUUUGACCAUUUACAUGCGACUGCUUUCCAAUACACUCCACUUGGCAGAACUAUACUGGGGCCUGCUCAAAACAUUAAGACGAUUACUAAAGAGCAUCUUAAGAAUUAUAUAUCAACUCAUUAUACAGCUCCUAGAAUGGUUAUCUCAGCAGCUGGUGCCGUUAAACAUGACAAUCUUGUUGAGCUAGUGAAAAAUUUGUUUCCAAAGCUGUCAAAUGAUCCUACUACAGCAUCUCAGUUGGCUGCAAGGGAGCCAGCUGUAUUUACUGGUUCUGAGGUUAGGAUUAUAGAUGAUGAUAUUCCUCUUGCACAAUUUGCGGUUGCAUUUAGUGGAGCAUCUUGGACAGAUCCAGAUUCUAUUGCUUUAAUGGUUAUGCAGUCUAUGCUGGGCUCUUGGGACAAGAAUUCAGGCGGGGGGAAGCAUAUGGGUUCAGAGCUAAUCCAAAGAGUUGCUAUCAAUGAGAUUGCAGAAAGUGUGAUGGCCUUCAACACAAACUACAAGGAUACUGGCCUCUUUGGUGUUUAUGCAGUUGCCAAGCCAGAUUGCCUGGAUGAUUUGGCCUAUGCAAUUAUGCAUGAGAUAAGCAAAUUGUCAUACAAAGUUUCGGAGGAUGAUGUUACUCGUGCUCGAAAUCAACUUAAAUCUUCCCUUCAACUUCACAUUGAUGGUAGCAGUCCUAUUGCUGAGGAUAUUGGUCGUCAGAUACUUACUUAUGGUCGUAGAAUCCCAGUUGCUGAACUUUUUGCAAGAAUAGAUGCAGUAGAUGCAAGCACUGUUAAGCGUGUUGCAAACCGCUUCAUAUUCGAUCAGGAUGUAGCACUUGCAGCCAUGGGACCUAUUCAGACCCUUCCAGAUUAUAACUGGUUCAGACGCCGUACUUAUUUGCUCCGCUACUAGCUGCACUGCUUUUGUUUAUUUGUUUAUCUAUCAAGAUCUUUGUUAGCUCGUCCUUCUACAAUGUCGUACGAGUAUGUUAUUUGUACCAUCUUGAUCCGUCCCAAUGUCCAAGAUGCUGUGGGCUGCCCCCGUAGAGACACUAGCUGUAGAAUUCCUGAUUGUCAAAUAAUGAAUGUGGAAAACUACAGUAUGUUUUUUUUCUUUCGCCAAUAAAACUGUUAACCUACCAUUUCUCCAAGAGCAACAUAAGAGUUUGCAUCA